GAGUUAUGCCAAACACUACAUCUUUGUAAUUUUUAUCAAAAUUUACUUGAUCAGAUUAAAACUCGAGUCUACUUCACUCUUUUGCCACUCCAAUGGUAAGAAUUCAACUUGUCCCAUCAUCAUACUUAAAAAACCACAUUUGUUUUGAAGUCGAACAUUCAAACUCCCAUCUUCCAAAACCAUGAGCUAUUGUCCUUUCCCAAAAAGAAAAACAAAUAAAAUCCUCUAUAAACCAUAUUUUAAAAUCCAACAUAAUCCCGUUUUCUUCCAUUUCAUCACAUCAUUUUCCCUUUGAAAGCCCUAAACACUUCCUCCACUUUCACUUUCUCUCUCCUAAACCCCCCACCACCUUCCGCCGCCAUUCUCACAAUGUCCGCCGCCAUGAACCUCGCCGCCGGCAAACUCCACUCCCCCUUCCUCUCCGGCACCACCACCACCACAACCACCUCCCUCCGCCGCACUCUCCUCCCUCUCCCCCGCACCACCACCCCUUCUUCCUCCGCCAUCCGCAUGUCCCUCCGCGACGACGGCCCCUCCCUCGCCGUCGUCGGCGUCACCGGCGCCGUCGGCCAAGAAUUCCUCUCCGUCCUCUCCGACCGCGACUUCCCUUACCGCUCCCUCAAACUCCUCGCCAGCAAACGCUCCGCCGGCAAAGAGAUGACCUUCGAAGGCCGAACAUACGUUGUCGAAGAGCUUGAUGAAGAUAGCUUUGAUGGGGUUGACAUUGCUCUGUUUAGUGCUGGUGGUUCUAUUAGUAAGCAGUUUGGACCUUUGGCUGUUGAAAAGGGUACCAUUGUUGUUGAUAAUAGCUCCGCUUUUCGAAUGGUUGAUGAUGUUCCGCUUGUUAUUCCUGAAGUUAAUCCUGAAGCUAUGGCUCAUAUUAAGCUUGGUUCUGGAAAGGGUGCUUUGAUUGCUAAUCCUAAUUGUUCUACUAUUAUUUGUUUAAUGGCUGCUACUCCUCUUCAUCGCCGUGCCAAGGUUACUCGCAUGGUUGUUAGUACAUACCAGGCUGCUAGUGGUGCUGGUGCUGCUGCGAUGGAAGAGCUUGAGCUGCAAACUCGUGAGGUUUUGGAAGGCAAGCCUCCAACUUGCAACAUCUUUAGUCAGCAGUAUGCUUUUAAUUUGUUCUCCCACAAUGCACCAAUUCUUUCAAAUGGAUACAAUGAAGAGGAGAUGAAAUUAGUAAAGGAAACCAGGAAAAUUUGGGAUGAUAUUACUGUCAGGGUUACUGCUACAUGUAUUAGGGUCCCUGUUAUGCGUGCACAUGCCGAGAGUGUAAACCUUCAAUUUGAGAACCCCCUUGACGAGGACACAGCAAGAGAGAUUUUAGAGAGUGCUCCUGGUGUGGUGGUAAUAGAUGAUCGUGCAUCAAAUCACUUUCCCACUCCCUUGGAAGUUUCCAACAAGGACGCUGUUGCUGUUGGCAGGAUAAGGCGUGAUGUCUCUCUAGAUGGAGAUAAUGGGUUGGACAUUUUUGUAUGUGGUGACCAAAUACGCAAGGGAGCAGCACUUAAUGCUGUCCAGAUUGCUGAGAUGCUGUUAUAGACUUGUAGAUUUGUUUCUAAUUCCUGAUUUUGUAUUUUUUUUUCUUUGUGCUGGGGUAUAUUUGGUUACUAACAGCCGGCUUGAUGCCCCCAAUUUUCUGAGAAAAUUUUGCAAUUAGAAACCUUUAUCAUGCUGAUCUUUA